CAACCAAGAAAGAAGUUUUCUUCCUCAUCCCUGAAUUUGUUAAAUCGUUUUUAACAAUAUCUGUCUGUUUAAAAAAUUUUCUGUACUAUGCAGAUUUAGUUUAAAAGCAUUUUAAAAUGGCUGGAAAAGUCAUUACGAUUUUUCUGCUUGCUUUUAUUUUCAUACAAUCCACCAAUGCACUGGACAAGAAGAACAGCCUGAUAACUGAUGAAAUUGUAUUUCCAGAUGAUAUUCAUCAUAAGGUGAAGGAAGCCGAGAUAAAUAACGCUAUACCUGAAGCUAACGAGGGUUUUAAAAAUGGGAAAAAUAUGGAAGAUAUGAAGGAACAUUCAUCCUCAGGAAACAUUGCCAACCCUAUUCUUGAUAACAGGAACAUUAUUGGUGCACCAGAUCGAUGUCCAGCCGGAUAUAGGCCUCAAAAUGGUAAAUGCAGGAAAAUACUGCCCUUCAAAUAAUCGGCCAUCAAAGAAGUUUUCGAUAGCCAAGACAAUAGCGACGGAAAAAGUUCUGAACAAUUGUAUUAGAGACACCUUAAUUAUGAUAUAAUAAUAAAUAAUAACGUCUGCAAAUAUUUAUUUUAAUUU